GUGGGACUUCAAAAGUCAGACGCAACUCCAGCCUGCCACACGCGCCUCGAGAUCGCCAACCGUCGAUGGAUCGAUCGCACAAUAGCGAAGAAAUUAAGCCGCUUUGUUUGUAUACCUAUUAUUGCAUUACGUACUAUACCUGUGACAAAAGGAUCCUCGAAGACAAGUUGGUCCCCUAAUAGAUCACUUGUUGACACACGUACAGAGAGGUGGCCCUUUAAACUAGAUGAGAUGUGGCUCUCAUCAACCCCGGAUGAGUAGUCACGUCUUGGAAUCGAAACGGAUCGAUGUGGUGAGCCAUUCAUCACGACUGGCAGUCUCUAAUGCACUAAAAAUACGAAAAGUCCAGGUAAACCAGAGCUGCAGUCAUUCGAAAAGCGGCUUAGGCGAUGACGGAUCAACUGCUGAGCUCCGCGGGCAGUGCUCCGGGGGAUCCCCCAGCGGUUUUGGUGCCCGUGUCCGCCUCUACAGGCGGACCAUAUCUGAGCGGUGGAUCUGAGAACGAAGCGGAGUCCACGGAGCAGCCCGUCCUCCUUGAACUGGGUGCUCCGCAGGCAGUUAGUCUGAAUUAUACGCUAACACCCGAUGGCGCUGGCCUACUGGCCUAUGCUCCAGUUCAUCAGCACACCAACUACUCACCCACCAACUUUGCCUACGAAAAAGAGCCACAUAACCUGGCUCUAUUGCCACCACCACCCACUUAUAGUGUGAUUCCCCAGCCGGUGUCGAUGUGGCAUGCCGGCUCUCCAGCGGGGCAUGGGGCCUUGGAGGGCAGUAAACACAGUGAUCUGGUGGUCCCGCCGCCCAUGUACAUGAGCUAUGGGGGCGGCAGCAUAGCCAAUAGCACGGAGCUGGAUAUAUCCAAGGAACACAAUCCCGCCUGGCGGGAGAAAGCCUUGCAAAUGGAGAAAGACUACAGGCGAACGGCCUGCGAUCGGGAGAGAACCAGGAUGCGGGACAUGAACCGAGCCUUCGAUUUACUGCGCUCCAAGCUGCCCAUUUCCAAGCCGAAUGGGAAAAAGUACUCCAAAAUCGAGAGCUUAAGAAUUGCCAUCAAUUACAUAAAUCACCUGCAGGCCAUGUUGCGGGACAGUUCGGUGGCCCAAAAUGGCAGUGGAUGCUGUGCCUGGAGUGGCGGUAGUAGUUCGCCCUAUGACAAUGCCAACGAUCAUUGGGGAGCGUAGCUUCAAAUAUAUUCUAGUUUCUAAGUUCAGUCAAACUUGGCGAAUGUGAACUUCUAUAUCUACUAUAGAGUAAAUAAUUCCAAUUAAAGGACCACCGAACUAAGGGAUUUAAAAAGAACAUAUAGUGGUGCUACAGAAAUCUUUAGAUUUUUGUAUUAAAUUUUAAAGGUGUCUAAAACUAUGCAAUUUAAAAUAUAUUUGUUAUUUUAAUGUAAUUGCGUACUUUUAGACACUUUUAUAAAUUAUUUUAAAACCCUAGGGAUUUGGAUGGCACUACCCAAAUAUAUUUUUUAGCCCCGAGAAAGUCUUACUUUUAGAAAAUAACCAUGCCAAGUUUUAUGUGCAGCUUGCCAAAGAUAUCACUGGCGGUAGUCACACUAAAUUACCGUGUUUUAUAAAAGUUCCAUCGUUAAAAUCCCAAUUUGGAAAAUUAGUUUUGAAAUUACUAUUUUCGAAAAACUGUUGCUUUAAUUUCUCAUAAGUCCAACUGUUAAAUUUUUUAUAAUUGUAAUAAAAGAAAAAAUGAAGAAUACA